AUGGACAAACGACUCAUGGAAGCAGCCAUGUCUGGUAAUUCCACAUCAAUGCAGGCCAUGGCUUCACAGGAUAGAAACAUCCUUCUCGGAAAGACUCUGCAGGGGAACACCUGCCUUCACAUAUCCUCCAGCCAUGCUCACCAGGUAUUCUGCACGGAUGUGGUGGCGCUAGAGGAGUCUCUCCUUAGCUCUGUAAACUUGGACGAGGAAACGCCACUUCUCGCCGCAGUGACAAAUGGUUAUGUCACUUUGGCUUCUUCUUUACUCUCGCGCUGCUGUCAAGCACGAUUGAGGCAGGCAAUCUUGCAGCAAGACAGGUACGGAUUUAACGCCCUGCACCAUGCCAUUCGCAAUGGUCACACCAAGCUUGCGCUAGAGUUGAUAGAAGCAGAGCCUGCGCUGUCGCAAGCUGUCAGCAAAUGCAAUGAGUCACCCAUGUUCUUUGCGGCGAUGAGAAAUUGUACACAUGUCUGUGAGAAACUAAUAGAAACUCCUUCUUGUGCCUUUUCGGGAGGGAAACAUGGUCGCAAUUGUCUGCAUGCUGCUGUUAAAAAUGGCGAUCAAAAAAUUGUUAAAAUGGUUAUGGAGAAAUGUCCUGCAUUGGCGAGAGAAACUGACAGAGAUAUACGCAAUCCAGUAAGACAUGCUGUGCUUGAUGGAAAGGUUGAAGUGUUACGAGUAAUGCUGGAACAUGAUUCAACUCUAGGGUAUGAAAUAAACAGCGCGGGUACUUCCCUCCUUACUGAUGCCGCAUAUCGAGGUCAAGUUGCUGCUGCUCGAGAGCUUCUGAAACACUGUCCUGAUGCUCCUUAUCACAACGCCAAGGGUGAGACAUUGCUUCAUACAGCUGUACUGCAUGAUCAAGAAGAGUUCAUUGAGUUUGUUUUAAGGAUGCCAAUACUUCGCAAGCUUGUUAACGUGCAAGAUAACAAAGGAAAAACUGCUCUGCAUUAUGCAGUCAAGAAGUGCAUUCCUACAGUAGUUGCUGCUUUGUUGUCUCAUGAGGAUGUUGAUGCAACAGUGCUUGACAAUGAUGGUCUUUCAGCGGCUUGGGAACUGUUGUACAACAUGAAAAAGGCCAAGACUUUAAACUGGAAUGAAGUGAUAAUGCUUAUGUCUAAAGUUAAUCCACAAGAGGCUGACUCUCUUCAUAAUCUUCACAUGGAAGCCAAGAAACUGACCACUGAUGAAUCGAGAAAAGCUGCAAAGUCACUAACUCAAACAUACACAAGCAACACUUCAUUGGUGGCGAUCCUCAUUACAACAAUCACCUUUGCUGCUGCCUUCACCCUGCCUGGAGGAUAUAGCAGUGAUGCCGGAAGCGAGGGACUUCCCAUCAUGUCUAAGAAGUUUGCAUUUCAGACAUUCUUGAUUUUUGACGUCUUAGCAAUGUGUUCCUCUUUUGCUGUGGCUUUCAUAUGCAUAAUAGCAAGGUGGGAGGAUUACGAGUUCUUGCUUUAUUAUACAUCCUUCACUAAGAAGCUAAUGUCAUUUGCAUACAUGGCAACAACUAUGGCCUUUUCAACUGGUUUAUACACGGUGCUGGCCUCACGUGUCCACUGGUUGGCCAUUGCGAUAUGUGUUCUGGUAGCUUUGCUGCCCAUUAUUACUUGGCUGCUGGGCAAAUGGCCUGUCUUGAAGCUCAGAUUUCGGUUGGGUAAAAGUGUCAGGUCCGAUUUCCUUGACAUGGUGUGA